AGGGACUUGUGUCAAAGGAAGCAAGAUGUAAGGCAGAAUUUGCUCCUGUUUUUCUAUCUGGAUGUUGCAGUGAAGCAUGAUUCAGAGCAGCCCUAAAUAGAGCUCCCUGCCUUUUAGAUAACUUGCUAUCCAAGGAAUCAGGAGCUAUUCUUCCAGAUUUUCUGGGUCAACUUCUCUUAAGGUCUUUUUAAGAUUGUGGCUGAUAAAACUCCGUAUCUUAGCAUGGAAGAAAUUACAAGGACCAUUCAUAUUGGAACAAGCAGACUAGGGCAUCCUUGCUUCUAUCAUCAGAAGGAUAUAAAACUACAGAAUCUCACCAUAAAGCAGGGGGAGCAAAUCAUGCUCAACUCAGUUGAAGAGAUCGAUGGAGAAAUAAGGGUGAACUGUGGAGUACUAAGGAAUCAUCAAAAUCACUCAUUUACUCUGCCUUUGUCACAAGAAGGAGAAUUCUAUGAAUGUGAAGAUGAACAUAUUUAUACGCUAAAAGAGAUUGUCGAAUGGAAGAUUCCCAAGAACAGAACACGAACUGUGAAACUUACAGAUUUUUCAAAUAAAUGGGACUCAACAAAUCCAUUUCCUGAAGACUUUUGUGGUACUCUGAUUCUCAAGCCUGUUUAUGAAAUUCAAGGUGUGAUGAAAUUUAGAAAGGAUAUAGUCCGCAUCCUCCCCAGUUUAGAUGUUGAAGUUAAAGACAUUACUGACUCUUAUGAUGCUAACUGGUUUCUUCAGCUGUUAUCUACAGAAGAUCUUUUUGAAAUGACCAGCAAAGAGUUCCCCAUAGUAGCUGAAGUCAUAGAAGCACCUCAGGGAAGCCAGCUGCCCAGAAAUAUUUUACAGCCUGGGAAAACCAUCGUGGUUCACAAAAAGUUCCAGGCAUCAAGGAUCUUAGCUUCUGAAAUUAGAAGCAAUUUCCCUAAAAGACACUUUUUGAUCCCCACUAGCUAUAAAGGCAAAUUCAAGCGGCGACCUCGGGAGUUCCCAACAGCCUAUGACCUAGAGAUAGCUAAGAGUGAAAAAGAGCCUCUUCACGUGGUGGCCACCAAAGCCUUUCAUCCCUCUCAUGACGAGCUGUCAUCUGUAUCUGUUGGGGACCAGUUUCUAGUGCAUCACUCAGAGACUACUGAAGUCCUUUAUGAGGGAAUAAAAAAGGUGGUGAACGUUCUGGCCUGUGAAAAAAUCCUCAAAAAAUCCUAUGAGCCCGCACUGCUCCCUUUGUACAUGGAAGGAGGUUUCGUAGAGGUGAUUCAUGACAAGAAACAGUACCAGAUUUCUGAGCUCUGUAAACAGUUUCGCUUGCCCUUCAAUGUGAAGGUGUCUGUGAGAGAUCUUUCCAUUGAAGAGGACAUUUUGGCUGCUACACCAGGACUGCAGUUGGAGGAAGAUAUCACAGACUCUUACCUACUCAUAAGUGACUUUGCCAACCCCAGGGAGUGCUGGGAAAUCCCUGUUGGCCGCUUGAAUAUGACUGUUCAGUUAGUCAGUAAUUUGUCUAGGGACACAGGAUCAUUUCUAGUCAGAACUCUGGUGGAAGAGAUCACUGAAGAACAAUAUUAUAUGAUGCGGAGAUAUGAAAGCUCUAUCUCACACCCCCCACCUCGCCCUCCCAAACAUCCCUCAGUGGAGGAAACAAAGUUAACCCUGCUAACCUCAGCAGAAGAAGGGACAGUGGAUCUGCCUAAAUCUCCCAAGAGUCACCACGUAGACAUAUCCAGGAACCUUCACUCACAUCAAGCUGGCCUGGAUUCAAAAGCACCAGUUGGUUGUCAGAAUGAUUUGGCUGACAGCAAGAGGAUAGACCGUGGGGCCAGUGCAGUAUCAGAAAUAUUCAAAAAUGAAAAACAUCAAAAAUAACAAGAUGUGAUGGGAGCCACUUGGCAGUGAACAUAAAUGUUGCAAUGGAAAAGGAAGCCUAGACUUCUAGUUGAAAAACAGCCAUUCCCCAGCGAACUCCAGAAGAAACUUGGCCACUGCAAAGGAGAAAACAACCUUAAAAGUUUUAUCAGAUAAAACUCAAAGAGAAACCUGUGAUACGGAAUUAACAUAGUCUGUUCUGCUGUGCCAAAAUCUGUAUGUAUUGUUUCAUUGUUAUUUAGGAAAUAUUUAUUUAAUGUGAACAUUUUUUGUGGUUCCUAUUUCUAGUACCAACAAUUAAGCGAUUGAAAAAUAAUUUUAUAUUUCAGUUUCUAAGUAAAACCAGUCUAAAAUAAGAUGAAAGCCCACCAAAUAUUUUCACUUUUUUCAGAAUUUGUUUGCAUAUUUUUAGUGUUACCAUCAUUCUUGUUAAGAACUACCUUAAAGAAAAAUAAUUAUAGUUGAGAGUGAUUUAUUAAUAAAAUACCCAGGUUUCUUAUCUGAUUCCCUUGGAACUGUGGAAAUGAGUUUGACUUCACAUUUUCAGUUUGUAUAAAUACACUGUAAAUAACUGUGUUUGAGUUUCAACAGCCAAAGCCAUUGUGAAUCAUAGGAAUUUUCCAUAACUUUUUCCUCCACACCCUAACAACUAGAGUUCAAAACUGAAAGAUCACCAAAGUUCUGAUAAUAUGCCUUAUUAUUUAUGUACUAUAUACCAGAUAACCCUUUAGAUAAAUGUUUAUUAGGAUUAUAGGAAAAUUAUCUGGUUCAUUAUAAUAUUUUAUGGAAAGAAAAAGGCAAUAGAAUUGCAAUGAGAUAUAAUAAAUUGGUUUGACUAGAAACCAGAACAAUUCUUAAUUAGUGUACAUUAGAAUUAUGCUCUUACAGUUGUGCCAUCUAUAAAAAUUACUUUAAGGGCUGUCACAUUUUGAUAACUUAUUUUAUUUUGUAUUAAGUAUACAGGAACAAUAUUAUUUUGCCUUUAACUAAAUGAAGAGACAGAGAGGUUGUCUGGUUAAUGUUACACAGGAAAUUAAUGGUAAGCCUUGGACUUUGUUCAUAGGUAAUACUGUACAAAAUAUAACUAUUAGCUAAUCUCCUGCCAUAAUUAUUUUAUAUUCUGAGAAGAAAUUAUUUGUUGAUUUAGUACCAAAAAGUUUCUGAAGACAACAAAUCAUAAGACAACUUUUUAACAGAAAAAAUUACAGUUAGAGAUUUUCAGACAAUGUUUAUGUUCUGAUUUAGCUUACUUCCCCUUACCUUUCUUUAUGUUUUUAAGUGGCAAUGAAUCCUGAUUUCGAAUGUCCCAAAAGUUCUUUAGUGAUUUGAUUGUGGUAACAUCAUUUGUUAUCUACAAUUUCUAAAAUUUUAUGGGGUGGUUUUGCUUUUAUUUAUUUUGCCUCUUUGUAUCCAUAGGAACAAAAACUUUGGUUAUUGAAAACCACAGAGAAACCUAACUCAAUUCAACAACCUUGGCAAACUGCACCAUAGGUGCUUUUAGACUCAUGGAAUUUGUUAUUUUUCAAAUAAUAGUGAAUACUUAAUAUUUUUUAUUUGGUAGAUGACAACUAUUAAAUUUGUACUUUUAGUGAGUGUAAUUUUUGAUUAGAAAAUUAAGAGAAUGUAUAUCUUACUUUGGUUGUAAAUCAUCAAGAGCUUUCUAAUGGAAAUCACAUAUAACAUUUUUAACUUGACAUGUCCUUUUAUAUACUGUGUUUCCAGUCGUCUUGAUACUGAAAACUAUAAUAAAUUUCAUUAUCACUUAUGGAAGAUUUUUGGGAGGUUUAAAAUAAAUUUUCUGAUUUUU